AUGGAUUUCUUCACCGAUCAAGUAAAGAAGAAAUUCUCCGACAAGAAACCGGAAAGUUCAGAACCGGAUCCAAACCACAACAAAAACAAACCCGGUCACUCCGAUCCAACUCAUAAACCGGUUUCUCACGCCGAUCCAAACACACAUAGACCAGCUACCAACGCCGAGCUCAUGGCUAGUGCCAAGAUUGUAGCCGAAGCUGCUCAAGCCGCUGCUCGCAACGAAUCAAACAAACUCGACAAAGCUAAAGUCGCCGGAGCCACCGCUGAUAUCCUCGACGCCGCUUCUAGAUACGGUAAGCUCGAUGAAAAAAGCGGUGUUGGUCAGUAUCUCGAAAAGGCCGAGCAAUAUCUCCACAAAUACGAAACUUCUCACUCUCACUCCUCCGGCGGUCACGGCGGUGUUAGCGGCGGCGCUGUACACGGAGGUGAUGGUGGUCACGGUGGUGUCGGCGGAACCGGUUCACCGGCGGCUAAGAAAGAGGAUGGGAAAUCGGGAGGUGGGUUUGGAGAUUAUGCAAAGAUGGCUCAAGCCAUUCCUUCUCUCUCCUCUUCUCAGCCUCUCACUACUCCUUUUACCCAAUCCAAGUUCUUGCAAACUGGUCUUCUCAAUGGAAAAAUCAGACCUUGUCCUUCCACAAACCCAGGAUGUGUCUCAACGAAUCCAACUUCAUCUUCCUUCGCAUUUCCAUUAUCAAUCCCUGAAACCGAUACACAAGAUCCAAUUCAGAAAUUAAAGGAAGCAAUAGUCAAAACUCAGAAGAAUCCAAAGUUUUUGGUUCUUGAAGAUACACCAUAUGGGAGGUAUUUGGAGGCAGAGGUAGAAGGAAGUGGAUUUAGUAGAGAUUUGAUGGAGUUUUUGGUGAAGAAAGAUGUGGUUGCUUAUAGGUGUAUGGCUACUAAAGUUACAUUUGUGUAUCCUUUUACCACUGCUUUUGGAGAUUCUAAAGGACAAGAAGAGAAGAUGAAGAAACUUGUUGAUGAGCUUGCUCUCGCGAAUCAAGGUUAUCGUGGUGAGGUUUCAAUCACGGCUUACAAAGAGAAGAAACCGAUCCGUAAUGACUUUGAACUCGCCGGAAUCAACUUGCAAAUCGCAGGAGAUAAACGUGGAAGAUCUAAAUGUAUGAUUGAUGAUUUUUUUCCUUGGGUACUUGAUAAUCGUGAUGGUACGAAUAUACUGGUGAUCUCACGAGACAAGGCCUACUUCGCCAAUUAUCUCGGAAGAUCUGUAGCGGAAAAUCACAACAUUCUAUUAGCAGAAUCUGAAGACCCACCAGAGAAAUGUUGCAAGUGCGGAGUUGCUUUGGACAAGCCGCCUCCUGUCUCCGACAAGCGGGACUUGGUAGGUGAAGAAUGGGUCUGGACAAGCCUUGCAUUUGGAGGAGACCCCAUCAUCAAAACCAAAAACCAAUAG